AAGACACUUUCCGAAAAUUGUAGAACCGUAGGUGCUACGAUUCUUGCUUCUGCACCGACGGUUCCCUUGCGGCUUCCAUGGAAGGGAUGAUGCAGCUUGCGUAUGAUGCAACGGUGAAGCUCAUGCUGUCUGCACUUGAGCGCAACCUACUCCCUGACGCCGUCACCAGGAGACUCACGCGCCUCCUUUUGGCUACUCGCCUUCGCUCUUCUUCCACCACAUACUCGGAGCUUCAGCUUUUCAACCUCCUCCACUUCGCACAUUCUUUACGAGAGAUGCCCAUAGCAAUCAACACCGAGAAGCCAAAAUCUCAACAUUAUGAACUACCAACCGCUUUCUUCAAGCUCGUCCUUGGAAGCAAUCUCAAAUACAGCUGUUGCUAUUUCUCUUCUGCCUCAACGACGCUGGAAGAUGCUGAAGAAGCAAUGUUGAAACUGUACUGCGACAGAUCAAACCUGAAAGAUGGUCAUACGGUACUCGAUGUGGGAUGUGGUUGGGGAUCGCUGGCAUUAUACAUUGCCAAGAAGUACAUUAACUGCAGAGUUACAGGAAUCUGCAAUUCCACAACUCAAAAGGCUUACAUUGAGGAAAAGUGCCGGGAUCUUCAGCUGCAAAAUAUCAAUAUUAUAGUUGCUGAUAUUAGCACGUUUGAAAUGGAGGCUUCUUACGACAGAAUAUUUUCCAUAGAAAUGUUUGAGCAUAUGAAGAACUACAAAGACCUUCUGAAGAAGAUAUCCAAAUGGAUGAAAGAAGAUNGCCUUUUAUUUGUGNAUUACUUCUGCCACAAAGCAUUUGCCUACCACUUUGAGGACAAAAAUGAAGAUGACUGGAUUACAAGAUACUUCUUUACUGGAGGAACCAUGCCUUCAGCAAAUCUACUUCUUUAUUUUCAAGAUGAUGUUACAGUCAUCAACCAUUGGCUGGUAAAUGGUAAACACUACGCACAGACCAGUGAAGAAUGGCUGAAAAGGAUGGACCAGAGAAUGACUUACAUCAAGCCAAUUAUGCAAUCAACGUAUGGCAAUGAUUCAGCUACCAAGUGGAUUGCCUAUUGGAGAACAUUCUUCAUAGCUGUGGCGGAACUUUUCGGAUAUAAUAACGGUGAAGAAUGGAUGGUUGCACACUUUCUUUUCAAAAAGAAAUGAAAUAAGCCAUAACCUAAUCUUUUAAUUUGAGAAUGGCUUCCAAACCUAUUUUACUAUUUGUCCUAAGCACUCAGGACAAAAAAAGCUGCCAAUCGAAGGUGCACAUUUCAAUAAUGGUGUGUGCUUUAUUAGUUAACUUAGUUUAUUUGGUUGUUUGACUUUAUUUUUUCUUGGUUCUCAAUCCUUUGCACUUUUGCUCAAACUUUAAAAUAUGCACUUUGGUUCUUUUAUGAUGUUAUACUUUGUAACAAGUAUAAUUUGUAGAAGAAGCAAACUAUAUGCAGUAAAUUACUUGUGGAACUCAUACCCAAAAAGCUAUUUUGUAGAAGAA